CCGAUUACCUCCUGCUACUAUGAUUCAUUAUUUUGAGAUGCUGCUGUAAAUAUUGAUAAGAGCCAUUAUUUGUUUAGACUUUGUCAAUAUUAUUGCAGUUCAUUCUAGAAAAAUUACGGAAUUUAUUUUUUGCUUUAACUGUGUUAUCUCUCUGGUUUUACCGAUUUAUCGUAGGUACCUUUACAUCUACACCUAAAGGUUUUUUUAAUCAGUGAAAAAUGAAGAUCAUAGUAAUAUUGUGCCUUAAUUUUCUUCUUGCGGCUGGAGUCAUUCAUGAGGGUAAAUAUCGAGCAGCCGUCGUGGCUUACUCUCCGAACCUAACAGCUGAAGAACCUUUGGACCGAUUGUACCAAAACGUUGGUAAUUAUCUAGACUAUAUAGACGAGGCCGGACUGCAGAAGUGCGAUAUAAUUGUCUUCCCUGAGGAUGGUUUAACAGGAUGGUAUGACGUAAUCACAUACGAGGAACGCGUUGAGAUGUUCAGCACUGCGGUCCCUGAACCUUCAUCGAACGUCAGUCCCUGUAAAUCAAAUGAUGGGAUUUAUUCUAAGGCGUUGAAGUCUUUCUCCUGCUCCGCUUUAAAAAAUAGAAUUUACGUCGUCGUAAAUUUAGCCGAGCGGUUUUACGAAGAGAACACCAAGAAGACUGUCUAUUACAACACCAACGUCGUGUUCGAUCGAGAUGGAGUGGUCGUGGCCAGGUUUCGAAAGAUUAAUUUAUUGAACGAGAUCUUCUUUCGUGCAGCGAAUGAGAGCGUAACAUUUAAAACUGAUUUCGGCGUCACUUUUGGUAUUUUCACUUGCUUUGACAUCACCUUCCGUAAUCCAGCGCUAACAACUCUGGAAGAUCCCGAAGUUACCGACAUCGUCUUUCCAGUCGCGUGGUUUUCUCAUCUCCCAUUCAUUCAAUCUUUGAGCAUACACCACGGAUACACUAUUUCUACUGGAGUCAACAUGCUGUCCGCCAAUCUCCACGAUCCGGCCUCUCGAAACGGUGGCACGGCGAUUUAUUUCGCAGGUGGCGAUAUUGCGAAGGUGUACCUAACAGGAAGCGAAGGUUCCAAGAUGAUCAUUUCCGACGUACCGAAGGUGUCCAAAAGGAAACCUCCUCAUCCUUGUCAGGUGAUCAACAUUUUGCCUAGUUCAAAUGUUGAGCGGGUAGAAGACAUAAAUGGUUUCAUAACGAGCACAGAGAAUUUGGCCAAUUACACUUGGAAAGCGGUAGAUCUCACCCAGAAAGAAGUGCGCGAAACCGUAUGCAGUGGUGGGAAAUUUUGUUGCAACUUCGAUAUUUCACUGACCUCAACUCAGCCAACUAAUUACGUUUACAAGAUGGUGGCUUACCAUGGUACCGUGCAAUUGUCGGCAAACGAUCGAUUGGGAACACGAGCAUGCGGAUUGGUGGCGUGUACAAAUGAAGACAUAGCAUCCUGUGGACACAGACUCGACGUACCGCCCAAAGGGGUGACCUUUGGAAGAAUUGAAAUAAAAGGGGUGUUCCAGGCUCAACAUUCACAUGAUCAACCGGCGUCGUUGAAAUAUAAUUUAAAACCUGUCAGUAACUACACUUUCUGCAGGCAGCAAGUUGGUGACGACCACGUGGAGGUCAGCGUUAGUACCGUUGACAAGCAGGAUGCACUUUUAACUUUUGGUAUUUACGGACGCGUCUUCAACAACGAUGGAAAACCAGUUGGAGUUAUAAAUAUAAAAUGAGGCAAAACACCAGCUGCUCAUCCUUUUUACUGUAAAAAAACCUCAAGUGUUCCUUACUUUGGAAAAUCAACUUUCUCUAAAUCAAUACCUUAUUUUGCUUAUAUUAUUAUUCAGCUUAUUGAAAUAUAGCUAGGUACGCCACAGAUAGCUGUGGCCAUAGCCUAAUAUACUCUUAUUAGGCCAUGGCUGUGGCUACGCCCAUGAAUCUGAGACAUGCGCAACAGUAAAAAUGUAAAAGAAUGUACUUACAAUGAGAAUGUAGAAAUGAAUACACGUGUUUUAGGUGUUAAAAUUUA